GUCAAGAAGGAGGCGGGCGAGAACGCCCCAGUGCUCAGCGAUGAUGAGCUGGUGUCCAUGUCGGUGCGGGAGCUGAACCAGCACCUGCGGGGCCUCACCAAGGAGGAGGUGACCCGCCUGAAGCAACGCCGGCGCACGCUCAAGAACCGUGGCUACGCGGCCAGCUGCCGCAUCAAGCGCGUGACGCAGAAGGAGGAGCUGGAGCGGCAGCGCGGGGAGUUGCAGCAGGAGGUGGAGAAGCUGGCGCGCGAGAACAGCAGCAUGCGGCUGGAGCUGGACGCGCUGCGCUCCAAGUACGAGGCGCUGCAGACCUUCGCGCGCACCGUGGCCCGCGGGCCC